ACACACGCCGAGCAGUAACGCCUUGCAUCCACUGCGCAUGUCAGUAAUUCUGUCUGUGUUUUGAGUUUAUGUAUGUGUGUCUGCGUGUGUGUCCUUUCCCACACGAGUUUACUGCAAUUCCGAAUUUUUACAACCACCGCCAGAAUGGCAGCCGCACCCCCGAAACCAGACGACUCUAGCCGGGGUAGUAGCGGUAGCAGCACGCCCAGCGUCCUUGUCGGGGACGGGGACACUGAAGAGGCCGAGGAUUUCACCUCCUCUUCCCACUGCACAGAGCUGUCUCGGCGGCAGAACGAACAGAGGAAACAGGGAUUGUUCUGCGACGUGACGCUGGCCUUCAGCAGUGGGGCGGCAACCGGGAAUGUUCAGAGCUGUGAGCUUUCCGCUCACCGUUCUGUACUGGCCGCGGCUACGGACUAUUUCACGCCGUUGCUGGGAGGGCAGUUCUCCGAGUCGCUGUCGGGUCGUGUUGAGCUGAAGGAAUGGAGCGCUGAAUUGGGACCAGACCCGGAGACGGUGGAGAGUGUCAUUCAGUACAUGUACAUUGGAGUAAUACGUGUGAGCACCUGCAAUGUGCAUGAAGUGUUAGAGCUUGCUGACAGGUUCCUGCUGCUGCAUCUGAAGGAGUUCUGUGGGGAGUUCUUGAAGAAGAAGCUGAGCCUGGCCAACUGUGUUGCGGUGCACAGCCUGGCCCACAUGUACACCCUGGACCAGCUGGCUCUGCGGGCCGCAGACAUGAUCCGACGCAAUUUCCACAAGGUCAUCCAGGACGAGGAGUUCUACACCCUGCCCUUCCACCUGGUGAGGGACUGGCUGUCUGACGCAGAGAUCACCGUGGACGAGGAAGAGGUGCUGUUUGAGGCUGUGGUGAAGUGGGUCCAGAGGAACACAGAACAGCGGGGGAGGUACUUUGAGGAGUUGUUCCGUCUCCUCCGGCUACCCCAGAUUAAGCCCACCUGUCUGACGCGUGUGGUGAAGAAUGAGGCACUGGUGGCUGCCAACCAGGCCUGUCUCCGCCUGGUGUCCGAUGCCGUGGAGGGCCACGCCAUCCGCUGUGAGAACCUCAAGUCAGCUGACCUGGAGUUCUGGUCAUCCUACAUGGCCUCCUUCCAGCCGCGCUUCGGCCAGAACAUGGACGUGAUCAUGGUGGUGGGCGGGGUGUCGGAGGGGGGUGACUACCUGAGUGAAUGUGUGGGUUACUUCAUCUACGAGGACCGCUGGGUUAACCUGCCCCACAUCCACAACCACCUGGAUGGCCACGCCAUCGCCACCACAGAGUCCCACAUCUACGUAGCGGGAUCCAUGGAACCGGGCUUCGCCAAGACCGUGGAGCGCUACAACCCCAACCGCAACACCUGGGAACAGGUGAGCAACCUGACCACACGUAAACACUCCUUUGGUCUCACCUGCAUCAAAGAUAUCCUGUACAGCAUCGGUGGCCACGGCAACUUCAGCCCCGGCUUCAAGGACGUGAGCGUGUACGAGCCUGAGCCGGACAAGUGGCACAACCUGGAGUCGGCGCCCAAGAUCCUGCGGGACGUGAAGGCGGUGAGCGUGGAGGACCGCUACGUAUAUGUGACGGCGCGCACGCCGGUGGACACAGACAACGAGGACGGGCUGAAGACGGUCACCACACGUUACGACACAGAGAGCCGCCAGUGGCAGGACGUGGACUCCCUGCCGCUCAUAGACAACUACUGUGUGUUCCAGAUGGCCGUAGCCUCCACCAACUUCUACCACACAGCCUCCUGCUGCCCUAAGAGCUACACGGUGCGGGACGAGGCCGCCAAGCAGAAGAUCAGCUCCCACAUAUCAGACGAGAUCCUGGAGAGCUUGCCGCCCGAGGUCACCAGCGUCGAGGGCGCCGCCAUCUGCCACUUCGACGAGGACGUGUUUGUGAUCGGCGGCUGGAAGAACAGCGAUGACGUGGACAAGCAGUACCGCAAAGAGGCCUACCGCUACUCUGCCGAAAGGAAGCGCUGGAUGCUGCUGCCGCCCAUGCCCCAGCCACGCUGCCGCGCCACCGCCUGCCACGUGCGAAUCCCCUACCGCUUCCUGUACGGCUGCCAGCGCUACCCCAUGCCCCAGAACCUGGCCCGCCAGCGGGACCGUAUGCAGCAGAUGCAGCAGCUACACCGGCGCACCCUCACCCUGCGCAGGCAGCUGCAGUCUCAGAUCGAGUGCUGAGCUAUCGCAAACCCCUGUCUGUCCAUCACAUCCACCCCAGUGGGGGAGCAGCCCAGUCCAGCUCCAAUCCCCAAACAUCCCCUGGAAGCCAUCGUCAUCAACCCCCACCCAUAACCUGCUGGAGCAGCGGCUCCUAUGUUGCCCUCAUGUUGGUUCUCUUUCAAGAGAACUCUGUGCCAGAUCAUCAGGUUGAGACUAUGGUGUUCAAGGCUGGGAGAUGUGGGAGGGAUGUGACUCUGUGCUGUCCAGGUGUUUGUCUAUGUUGGGAGGACAGGCUGAAUGUUACAAAUGUGAAUAGAGUGUUGUACAGUGACCAACAUCGGACUACACUACGUAUGUACGUCAGGCACAGGUGAUGUUUGUCUUUUUAUACAUGCAUAUAGUAUAUAGUUGUAUAUGUAUACUUUUAUUAUAUAUAAAUAUUUUCUGUCCCCCUUUUAUGCUUAUAUGAUGUAGGCAAUGUGACCCUUCAAUACGGCAGAAUCUAUAUUCCUCCAAUCCAAUGUGUUUAGUGAAGUCAGUCGCUCUCUAUGACAUUCCAUCAGGACACUGACAGUCUCUCCAUGCAAAUAUCAUUCAUUCAUACAUACAUACAUACACACACACACACACACUCUGUCCAGCUGUAGGGUCGGGACAGUACCAGUAUUGCGAUACUCGUUAGUGCCGUGGCAAGUGAACGUAACACGAAGCAGAUUUAACUUUGUUAGUAAAACAAACAUUUUAUGUCAUCCAGAGUCCCAUUUCUUUUUCCAAGCUAUAGCACACAAUAUGUUACAUACAGCAGGUUAUUAAAGGACCUACGGGUUCGGUCUGUUUCAUGUAUUCAUUUUUGCCAUGGAAAAAUCAUUAAUAAUAUAUAAUAAUAUAAUAAUAAUAAUAUAUG